AUGAAGAAAAUGGAAGUCAAAUUUGUAAAACCAAAUUUUAUAAGAAAAGUAGUUUGGUCUUAAGGGAUUUUUCUAUGCUAUUUGAAAUUGAAAAGGUAUACUGUUCAUAAAUUGAAAUUUCAGAUAUUGUUUAUUUUAUUAGUCUUUUUACCUCCUUUUCAUAAAUUAGAUGUAUUUUCUACAUUUACAUUAUCUAACAGGUAGUUAUCUACACUAAAUUCAAUUUUUGUUCCUUUACAAUUUCACCACAAAUCUCGAAGUAUUUUUAUGUUUAUAUUCUAGAAUAAUGGGUGAUUGGAUUAAACCUUUGA